CCUAAAACAUUACCCGGGAUACUACACCGCGCUUCCGGCGACGGAUGUGGACCCGCAAGCUCUGGGCCUAAGCGUCAUGGCACCUAAAUCGCUUGCCGCCAGCGUCAGCCAUAACUGCCGUCUGAAGCUUAAACUUUUUAACAAGGAGGUUGACGAACAACACACCCGCUUCAUCAGCGGUGAGCGCACGGUGGAGGAGGAUGCCUGCCUUCCGCCGGGCAGCAUCACCCUGACCACGUACCCCACACUGGGCGCGAGGUUCCAGGUGAACCUCAGUGGCUGGUGCAACUGUCAAGAGGUCAAGGACAUAAUCGUCGAGUUCCUGGAAGCCAUGCAUGGCGUCAGAGUCAAGAAGUUUCCGCAGUACAAGGCCAAGCUGGCUGCCAUGGCUAGCCUGGACGAGGACAGCCCCAUCACCUCCCUGCCUACCAACAAGUUCAUCCGGUUCUGGGCUAGGAGGGGUGCGCAGCUCGUACUCUCCGCCCUACGAGAGUACCAGAGCGAGGGUGGUGCAGCUGUGAACGGGGAGGGCGGGGAGGGCGGGGAGGGCCAGGGCGACAGCGAGGGUGGAGGCACGGAGGUUGGCGAGGGCGAGGGUGAGGGUGGUGGGGCUGGCGGAGGCGGAGAAGACGGCGACAGCGGUGAGGGCACCAGCCCAGGCGCCAAGCUGCCACUGCGUCUAGGGGGCUUGGUCUCCAGCUUGCUCUGCAACAAGGGGCGCCUGGAACGGGGCGAGUGGAAGACGUGGCAGUACUCCGGCGGGGGCUGCAAGUGCGGCGGCUCCUGCCACGCUGCCCGGGUGUACCUCAGGUGGCCGGAUGGCCUGCCCCUGGUGUGCUAUGCCAGUGGGCACGUGCACGGCACCGUCGCGAUCCACACGGCCGUGGUUGAGUGGGCGUGUAAUCACGACCCCGCCUUCAAGGCGGACUACGAGAGGGCGGUGGCCGAGCGUGAAGAAGCGGCCAAGCAGAGGAAGGAGGGUGGAAUGCAGGCGGCUGGAGCUCGGGACAUGCGGCAGGCAACUGCACGCGGAGUGACGGCUGCCAGUGAUGAGGACAACAACAUCGAGCUGGGCACAGAGGCGCCGCAGCGCGGGAACAAGCAGCCCAAGCCUGGCAGCAAGAGCCGUAGGCAGCUGACAGAUGCGGAGGCGGCGGAGGUGGUGGCCACGUACAAGGAAAAGCGGGCGGCGGGCCUGAAGAACAAGGAGGUGUGGCCAGCAAUCAAUGCCGCCCUGGGCAAGGACUGGUCCAGGAACAAGAUGGAGGCGGCGGCCAAGGCUGCAAGAAUUUGGACGCAGGACCGUCGUGGCCCCAAGAGCAAACGCAACGACGACCUGGAGGAGGAGGAUGCGCAGGACUCUGAGGGGGGUGAGUGGACCCAGCAGACGGGCGACACCUCUGGCGGGUUUGAGCAGGAGGAGGGGGGCGAGGAGGAGGCGGGGUCCGCUGGCAGGGUAGAGGCACGUCCAAGCAGCAGCGGGGGUGGGGCUGGGGGUGUUGCGGGCGGGCGCGGGGCUGGUGAGCCUGAGCGUGGCCCAGGCGAGCCAGCUGCAGUGGAGGGCGCGGCAGGGCGGCCUGCGGGCAAGAGCAGAGGAGGGCGCCGUGGGGGCGGCGGGGCCAGCGGUGGGGGUGAUGCGGGCGAGCCAGCUGCAGUGGAGGGCGCGGCAGGGCAGCCUGCGGGCAAGAGCAGAGGAGGGCGCCGUGGGGGCGGCGGGGCCAGCGGUGGGGGUGAUGCGGGGGAGCCAGCUGCAGUGGAGGGCGCGGCAGGGCGGCCUGCGGGCAAGAGCAGAGGAGGGCGCCGUGGGGGCGGCGGGGCCAGCGGUGGGGGUGAUGCGGGCGAGCCAGCUGCAGUGGAGGGCGCGGCAGGGCAGCCUGCGGGCAAGAGCAGAGGAGGGCGCCGUGGGGGCGGCGGGGCCAGCGGUGGGGGUGAUGCGGGCGAGCCAGCUGCAGUGGAGGGCGCGGCAGGGCAGCCUGCGGGCAAAGGGCGCCGUGGGCGCGGCGGGGCCAGCAGUGGGGGUGAUGUGGGCGAGCGUGGGGCUGCUGCGCCGCACACGUCACCACGCCGGCCACGGGCUAACAGGGCGGCAAACUACAGCUCCGUUAUAGCAGCCGAACUGGGCAGGUAUGAGUGAGGGCCCGAACUGUGGAGGCUGCGUGCGCACUGAAAUGCAGAGACCGUUUAUUGUGACUUAAAGCGACUUUAGUUAUUAUGGUGACCUGGUUAUGGUGGCGUUUUUCAAAAUAGAUCCUGUGCCGGGGCUCAGUCCGGACGCGCCCGCCAGCAAGUUGGGGCAGACGGGCGGGCAGUUGAAGGCGGGCAGUUGAGGGUGGGGAGGGUGGGGGAACACUAGAUCCAAAUCCAUGAGCGCAAGAGACAAGGAAUGCUGAUUGUAUUGGUAUUGGGUAAAGGGACGUGAGAGAGACAAGGAAUGCUGAAGAUGAUGCCUUAUUAACAUCAGGGAUGGCGGUGGCAAGGCGUAGGCGAGGCGUAGGCGAGAGCAGGCGACACUUGUAAUGCAGGCGAUACGUGUAGAGCAGGCGACACUUGUAAUGCUAGAGCUCA